UAGGAAACUGGUGGUCAUGUUUUCACAUUGUGCAUCUCUGAGGGGAGCCAGUAUCAGAUAUGAUUGGUUUCCAACCAUCUAAGAGGCAAGCUGCACAGACUAGUGGCUAAAGAAGAACAGGGCAGUGGAAUGCAGGGAAACUAGUUCAGAUGCGUCCCUUUUCAUUUACUAGGAAAGGACUGACAGCUAUUUGUCUGGUUUUAGAGUGGUGAAAGAGAUUCUGUUUCCAGGAAACCCAGAUCCUUGUGACAGUUAUGACACGCAGUGCUGGGUUUGAUAUUGGAAUGAAUGAAGUGCUGAGUUUGAUAUUGGAAUGAAUGAAGUGCUGAGUUUGAUAUUGGAAUGAAUGAAGUGCUGAGUUUGAUAUUGGAAUGAAUGAAGUGCUGGGUUUGAUAUUGGAAUGAAUGAAGUGCUGAGUUUGAUAUUGGAAUGAAUGAAGUGCUGAGUUUGAUAUUGGAAUGAAUGAAGUGGUGGAUUUGAUAUUGGACUGAAUGAAGUGGUGCGGAGUGAUGCACCCUGGACCGCCACUGGCUUUAGCAAUCAUCGCAUGUUUUCUGCAGAGAUACUUCUGUGAAAGUCGCUGGGACAAGGAAGAAGGUUUGAAGCCACGCCCAGAGACGUACGGCUACAAAGCUUUCUCUGGGGAGGGGUUUGUCAUGCAAUGUAACAAACCACAGUCCACCGGUCUCUGUCAGCGCCUCUACAACAUCACAUCCAGCUCUGAGGAAGCUGAUUGGUCGAGGGCCGAGGGGGAAACCAAUAGAGACAGAGAUUUCCUCAGAGAUGACGGGGCCGUGACAGGACGGGGGAACGCGCUCUGGUUCUCUACCGUUACCGCAAAGGACUCUGGGAAGUACACAUGCCACACAGGUGGUAUGGUGAUCCACUUCUAUGUGGAGGUGCUGGAGAGGGCCAGCCUGGGGUGCAGGGACACAGAGGAGAACAGGGUCACUCUGGUUCUGGGCAAAGGUGGCAGGAUCCCAUGCCCUGGGAUCAAAUGUCAGACACAGAGGUCAGAGGUCACAUGGUACAAGGAUGCCAGGCCUGUGUGUGAGAUACAGGAGAAGAGGACUAUCUCUGUGGUAGACAGGUAUACUCUUCUGCUGGGUACUGUCUAUGUGAGUGAUGCUACACUGUAUUUCUGUGACUACACCUAUGAAGACAAUGGGAUCCCCUGGACAGUCAGGAGAUCUGUUAACGUCUCGGUCAUACCAGCUGACACCACAGACCCUCCACAGAUUACUUAUCCCCAUGGCAACAAGGAGGGUGUGGAGCUGGGGGAGCCUCAUAAUCUGAGCUGUCAGGUGCAGUUUGGGUUCCAGAGAACCUUUGACCCAGUGGUCCAGUGGUGGAUCAGUUCCCAUAGCAACCAUGAAGGCAUGAUGAAACUGAUGGAGAUGGAGGCACAGCAGGUGAGGGAAAGGAGUAUUGAAGAGUUUGAGUUCACGGUCACCAGGACAGCUCAAAUCCCGGAGGUGACCCAGCUACACCUGGACUCCACCUUCACCUGUCUGGCCCAGAACUCUGUAGGCAACAGCAGCGUCACCAUCAGGCUGAUAAGGAAAUCUGCAGUUUCCCGUGUGCUGGUGAUAGUGUGUCCGGUGGUGUCUCUGCUGUUUGUAGCUGGGCUGGGCAUUACAGUGCAUGUCUACUGGCUAGAGCUCUCUAUUCUCUACAGAAUCUACCUGCCAUACAAACAGACCACCACAGAUGACAAGGAAUACGAUGCCUUUGUGUCCUACGUGCCCAGCUCUUCCUCUGAGGAGGUGGGGGGACGAGGAAGAGGAGUAAGAGAGGAGCCACUGGAGGUGCUCCUGCCCAGGGUUCUGGAGGGGCAGUGGGGCUACCGCCUCUUUCUGCUAGAGAGAGACCUGCUGCCGGGUGGAGCGUAUGCAGAGGAUGUGGUGUGUGCGAUCCGCAGCAGCAGGCGACUGGUGUGUGUCCUGAGUCCUGACUACCUGGCCAGUACUUGUCUGUUUGAACUGGAGACAGGCAUCAGAGCCUUACAACAAGACCCACACCUCAGGCUCAUCCUCAUCUGGACCAGCCCCAACCCCAGCAGCCCCAGCACCACCAGCCCCAGCACCACCAGCCCCAAACCCAGCAUCCCCAGCACCACCAGCCCCAAUCCCAGCAACCCCAGCCCCAGCACCACCAGCCCCAACCCUAGCCCUAGCACCACCAGCCCCAACCCCAACCCCAGCCCCAGAAUCACCAGCCCCAACCCCAGUCCUAGCCCCAGCACCACUAGCCCAACCAGCAGCAGGCCUCUAUCUCUACCCCUGUCUCACACCCUGGGCCUGGUGGCUUCAGCCUCACCGCUGCCCCCACUGGUUCGGAGGGCCAUCAGAGUCCUGCCUGCUCUGCACUGGACCCCCCAGGACCAGGGAAGGAUGAUAACUAGCUCCAACUCUGGAUCACGGUUCUGGAGAUCCCUCCACAAGGCCAUGCCAGCCCAGAGUGGGACUGGGACAGACACAUAGACACUCUUAGACAGUGUAAUGACUGUCCUGAUCAGGUCGGGUUACAGGAGCCCACAAUCCUACAGGGUCUCUCUCAACCCCCAACAGAGGAGGAGAGAUCUAGGGGUCUGAAGAUGUGGGGGUUUUAUGACCCCUCACGCCCAUGAUAAACCGUAGGCCACAGAGAAAUUCCUUUGUCCUCAUUAUGGAGAACUGGCCUCAGAACAUUAAACAUGCAAUAAAGGGACUUUGGAACAAUGGUUUCCGUCAGCCACAAUGGUGGUCAU